AUGCCGGCAUUGAAGCCAUUGCUCGUGUUCGGCCUCCGUGGCACUCUCGUGGAGCGCAUCCAUGUCCGCAACGUCCCAGAGGGUAUGCCAGCGGCAGACUUGACUGUGGGCUUGGUGAAGGUGUGGCUGCGCCCCCACAUGGUCGAUGUUCUUAACGAACUACAGAAGCACUGCCGCCUCGCGAUUUGGAGCUCCACCACUGCGCGCAACACACAUCCGCUCGUGAAUGCGGUGUUUGGGUCGAACAUGACGCUGCAGGGUGCUGCAGGAGCCGCCACGGCAGCACCGUCGACGCAGGGGGCAGCCAGCGCGUCCGCUGGAGCUGCGGCCUCCGCCAGCAACGGGCGCGGUGGACGCUUUUUGCCCAAGCGGCGACCGCCUGGAGUUGAUGCGGCGAAUGAGGAGCGUGCGGCGGCCGCCGCCAUCAACGUUUCUCAGCCGCAGCGGAUUCACUUUGAGUUUGUCUGGACGCGCGAGCACACGCGCGUGGACGACUUCCGUCGCCUCAACGCGGCCGUCAGCGAUGACAACCACGCCACAGUGAAGGACCUGUCUCAGGUGUUUGCGCAGUUUCCGUCUAUCGCGCAGCCGCAGAAUACAGUGCUCAUCGACGACACCCCCAGCAAGGCGAAGAUGCAUGCAGACAACUACGUAUGGCUCGACACGUGCAACAGCCUGCGCAUUCAAGACGAAACGGGUUUGUACCGUCUGCGCGACUUUGUGAUGAAGGAAUUAGUGCCAGCGGAGGAUGUGCGGGAGCUGCUGCCGCGCCGCAUCCGGAUGUGA